AUGGACCAUACUGGAUUAAACCAUCUGCUAGUCAUCCACCAUUCGAAGUUUGUAUUCUGUGAUGCUCGUGAAGGGUGGACUUUGAUAAUGAAGAUAGAUGGAAAGAAACAGAACUUCCACCACGGCAGCGAGCUGUGGUCGAACAAGUACACGUUUCAAUCACACAGUUUGGCAUUAGAUGACCAUGAAGCAAAACUUGCUUCUUACUGGACACUACCAUUUACUGAACUACGUCUGGGAAUGAAAGUGGAGGGAACGAUCAGAUGGAUUACUUUUAGAUAUAGUGCAUCUUCUCUAUACAGUCUCAUUGCUGAUGGUUAUUAUAGGAGGACAUACAUUGGUAAGAACAAUUGGAGAAGUUUACUGCCAAGGUCAUCUCUGCAAAUAAAUUGCAACAAGGAAGGAUUCAACGUAGUAAGUGAUAACUUUAAUCCUCAUUCAAACUGGGCCGCAGGACUAGCAAGAGCUCGCCUGGGAUUUCUUGGUGACGAAGACGACUGUAACAGUCCAGACUCUUUUAUUGGUUUCGGAACACGGUAUACCAACACAUCGCCCAAGAACAGUGCCGGCAACUACGCCGGUCCGUACUCCGCAGACAACGGCGUUACCAACAUCAAGGCAAUUGGUUACAUCAUGGCACGUUGA